CCUCAAAAAAUUAUACCUGUUUUUCCUCUUAGGCAAGUGUUAUAUUUCUUUUACUGUAGUAUAUCAUCAGUUAAUGACCUUGAAACAGGAAAAGUUAAAUUAAAACACCUUACAAUUAUAAUGUUUACUGCAAGGCUAAUUAAGUUUCAGAUUUAACUGUUUUCUCUUUGACUUUCCUUUUAUUUGCAGGUUCUCUUGUUUAUAACCCCCCCACCCUGUGCUACAACAAUGAGUGGGAAAUCCCUGCUCUUAAAGGUCAUUCUCUUAGGUGAUGGUGGCGUUGGGAAAAGUUCACUUAUGAAUCGCUAUGUAACCAAUAAAUUUGACACUCAGGCUUUUCACACAAUAGGAGUAGAGUUCUUAAAUCGAGAUCUUGAGGUAGAUGGACGUUUUGUAACACUCCAGAUCUGGGACACUGCAGGACAGGAACGUUUCAAGAGCCUUAGGACCCCUUUCUACAGAGGAGCAGACUGCUGCCUCUUGACCUUCAGCGUGGAUGACCGACAGAGCUUUGAGAACCUUGGUAACUGGCAGAAAGAAUUCAUCUACUAUGCAGAUGUGAAAGACCCUGACCACUUCCCUUUUGUUGUUCUGGGUAACAAGGUAGACAAAGAUGAUAGGCAAGUCACUACUGAGGAGGCCCAAGCAUGGUGCACUGAGAAUGGCGAUUACCCCUAUCUGGAAACAAGUGCCAAAGAUGAUACUAAUGUGACAGUGGCCUUUGAAGAAGCUGUCAGGCAGGUGUUGGCUGUAGAGGAACAACUGGAGCACUGCAUGUUAGGUCACACUAUUGACUUGAAUAGUGGCUCCAAAGCAGGAUCUUCAUGCUGUUAAAAAUAGAAAGCCUUCGGAAAAAUGUAUUCCAAGUUGAACAGUGAGUAGUAUAAGAACAACUGUGUCUCUCUAAGAAUGUGUUUGUGCCUGCACACACACAAAAGGGUAAGAAAAUAAGAUUGAAGUUGUGGAUCAAAUCCUUUCAAGUUGAAGUUAUAGAGCAUUUAAAAAAAAGCUUUAUCAAGUACAUUUUGUGUGACUUCUGUUAUUUUCUCCUUGCGUGUAUCAGGAUGUUUCAGAAAGCUUUAGUCCUGAGUGGUUUUAAUAUUUAUAAAAUCACAUUUUAAACUUGGAACCCAGUCACGUGAAGGAGUUAGAGUGAUAGCUAUCCCUUAAACUGUUUCAUUAUCAAAUUACAAAUGUUACCAUCCAAUCAUAUCAAGCAUAUUCUGGCCUUUCUGCCAAAGGAAUAAAUAAAGACUCUUAGAUGUAUUACAAUAAAUAAGAUAAUAUAAACGAAUGUGUCCCAAGCUUGAGUUACAAAGGCAUUGUAAUUAUUAGGAAUACAAGUAUAAUAAUUUAUUCCGUAUUUAAUUUCCUACGUAUGAUUUAUUUCCUUCUGAGAUUUUUUUUUAAAAAAUACCACCUGAAUAAGAGAAACAGUGAUAACAUUGGAAAUUGGUUUUACUCCUUGUGUUUUAUGUAACAAGGUACUAAUUGAAUGGAUUAUACUUAAAUAUGCCAACCACCUUUGAAAAGAAAUGGUUGGUUUUGCUGCUUUUACUUCAUAAAUCCACUUUUGCUGCAUAGAGAUAUUCCUUCUCUGACAACCUCUUAUCAAUUUAGCAAUGCUACCUAAUACAUUGCUGUGAAUACAGUGCUCGUUGCUUAUAAUUUUGGUCCACCAGGCCGUGUUCCCAGAGAAACUUUUGUAAAAGAUUGGGGAAUUGCAGGCUAUACUUACAGGUUCCUUAACUCAAAUAAUAUAGAAGAAGGAACAGAUUCAUUUUAUGUUGCAGUGUAUCAGAUGGUCAACUACAACAAUGAAAGUGACUUUACGAAAAAUUCAUUUUAAUUCUAGAUUAUUUGUCCAGCAUUGUAAUGGUCUGCCUUAAUAUUGAACUCCCUACCAGUUAAAAUAUUCAGGAAGUUGCUGGAUGGAACCUACUAAAAUAUACCAUAAAAAGUUUCUGUGCUGGAUAGAUUUGUUUAGUUUAAAUCCUAAAAAGCUAUGACCUACAAACUACAUCCCAAUGGCAUUCUCAGUUAGAUAUAUCUUAAGACUAUGGAAAGAAACUUUAAAAGUUCUCAAAGUAUUCUGGGCUCAGCAUAUAACAGCAAUUACAGGAUGAAUGUUCCCUUUUGCUUUUGCAAUAGGUAUGGAAAUAUAUUAAACUGUGAGGAAUCAUAAAGUGCCCUGAAACAAAAAUCCUAAAGAUACCAUAUUAAAAUACAAAUGUGAUUUGUGAUUUUGAUUACCACUAUGUUAUGGAUAUAGGGUCUAGUUCCUAAUGGUUGAUAAAUACUUUUAAAACACAUGAUAAAAUUAUGACCCGAUGUAGUGAGGACAGUUUAAAACAUAAAACAACCCUCCCAAAGAGAGCUCAUAUAGAAAGGGAGCAGGAACUUUUACAAGAAUACAACCUGGAAAUCUUCAUUGCAGUCACUUAUAGAAUCAGCCUUAUAAUGGGACUUUAUGUGCUUUAAGAGCUCUGGGACUUUGGGGCCAGACAAUUAGAGAACCAUAUUUCAACAGGCAUGCUAGGUAUUUAAGUCUAAAUAUAGUCCUGACCCCAUUGGCCAACUAAUUUUUAUGUCAGAAGUCUAAGCCAGCCCAGGGACCCCACAGCUCUUAAGUAUUGGUCCCUAUCCUGCGAUGCCUAUAGCCAGCUACACUUGGUUUCCAAGUUCUAUGAUCAUUUUGCUACAGUUAUGUUAGGGUGAAAAAUCUACAUGUUAGAACUAUUAAAUGCAAUUAUUUUUAAGUGCAUGAGAUCUGGGGCCUUCUCUUUUACUUGCACUCUGCUUCUACUAGUUUCUAUUUGAAAAUCUCAUGUCUUCACAAAACCUCCAUCCACUCACAUAAGUAUUUGUCUAUAUAAUGGCAUGUGGUCAUUUGAGUAAAAACAAUUACAUGAGUAUUCCAUUCAUAACCCUCCUGUCCAUCCACAAAGUGUUAAUUUUAUUAACAGGUAAACUGAAGUCCCUUAUGUACCAUGCCAUAUUUUUUUCUGCCAAAUCACAACAUAGUAUCUUAACUAAAGUACCAAACAGUGACUUUUUGGUGAAUCACAUUCAGUGAGGUGCUGACAUAGUUUGAAUAAGAUUUAAAGAAACACCAAAAGUUGAAAUCUGUGAGUACCAAGAACUUUGUAUAUAGGUUUAGAAAUUGACUGUGAAAUUGAAAAUGUAUAGUGAAAUAUUUUCAGUAGGUGUUUUUUAAAUGAACACUUGAUGUUUUAAAGAAGAUAUUUUUAAUUGGAUUUGUGAUUUUUUUCCAGUGGUCCAUUAAAACAUAUUUAGUUGGCUUGUUUUCAUGUAUUGGACAUUCUAAGAAACACAGAUUUUGUUUGUCUUCAAUGAAAUAAUUUCAGGUUACUUUGUGCCUGCCUCAGCCAUCUCAACUUCACCCUGAGGUAUUCCACAAUCCUCUUGUUGCCGGUGCUGCUAAAAACUCAAAAUUGUGUAUCAGAUAUUUUAUUUGAACUGUAAAAGACUAUCUGUUUUAAAGUCAAUAAAAGUGCAUUUCGAAUAA